GAUGUUGUGGAUGGACUUUUGGCGAAUAAGAAAUACGUGUUUCAGCUUGCUGCAGAGAACAGCGUUGGCAUGGGGCCGUGGUCUGAAGUUUCUGAUGCCUUUGCCACGCCUACUUCUGAUCCUUUUGGGAAGUACAAACCCGUGAUGACUCUGUCUGGAGCCAGCAAGGUUUCAGUGACUCUCAAGAUCGAUCCGCCUCCCAAGGACGUGAUGGAAUUCAUUGGGGCGUAUCGUCUGAACAUGAUCAGUGUGGAUGACAAGACUCGCGUGAUGGAGAAAAACAUUAGGAUUGACGAAGUGUCCCUCAAAUGGUCUGUAACGUUGAAUGAACUCAUGCCUGGGACAGCUUACGAGUUCGUCGCACGAGCUGUUCAUGGGUUUUCGGGGUUGGCUGGGAAUGCUUCCAAGGGCGUCAUCGGAGCUACUUUGGAUGCUCCACCGAGUCAGCCGCAGAAUGUCGCGGUGGAAUGCUUCGCAGACCCGGAGUUUCCGGUUUUGCGGGUUCGCUGGGACCCACCGAAGGAAGUUGGGGGUAAAAUAGUCAAAUAUAAGAUGAAGGUUGUGAUGUCAGCAAUCUAUGAUGAUGAAGAAGGGUACAAUCAGCACACUGUUGAUGACUUGGAAGUGCAGACGAUGGGGAAUGAAACUAGGCAAACUGUUCUGGGCACUCCGAAUACCAACUAUUCUAUUACUGUGACGGCUUUGACUCAAGCUGGUCCAGGUGAAUGGAGUCACCGAAGCAAAGAAUCGCAGUGUUUCAUGCAACCAGGCUUGCCAUCUUUCAUCCCGGCGUCAAAAUGGCGGCCUUUUUCAGAGUCCGGUGAACGCAGAAUUUUCAUGCUCAUGCCAAGGAGAGUUUCUCAAAGAAACGGACCAAUUUGUUGCUAU